AUGCUGCCUGUCUCCCCAAGGCCUGAGCGUCCCCCAUGUCCCCAGGCCUUCGAGGAGCAGCACCUGGCCUCCCGAGACCCCAUCCACCAGUUUGGGGUCUGGUUCCAGGAGGCCGUGGGCUGCCCGGCCAUCGGGGAGGCGAACGCCAUGUGCUUGGCCACCUGCACCAGGGACGGGAAGCCCUCGGCCCGCAUGGUGUUGCUGAAGGGUUUUGGGCAAGAUGGUUUCCGCUUCUUCACCAACCACGAGAGCCGUAAGGGGAAGGAGCUGGACGCCAACCCCUUCGCUUCACUGGUGUUUUACUGGGAACCGCUCAACCGGCAGGUACGGAUCGAGGGCUCAGUAAAGCGGCUGCCAGAGGAGGAAUCGGAGCAGUACUUCCACUCCCGUCCCAAAAGCAGCCAAAUUGGGGCCGUCGUCAGCCGGCAGAGCACCGUCAUUCCGGACAGGGAGUAUUUAAGGAAGAAGAAUGCGGAGCUGGAGGAGCGGUACCAGGAUACGACGGUGCCGAAGCCGGCAUACUGGGGCGGCUACAUCCUAAAUCCGGAUGUCAUGGAGUUCUGGCAGGGCCAAACCAACCGCCUGCAUGACCGCAUCGUCUUCCGACGCCUGCGGGACAGCUCGGCCCCCCUGGGAGACAUGACGCACCGGGGAGAGGGCGAAUGGGUCUUCGAGCGCUUUGCCCCAUGAGGCCGCCGCCGUCUCCAGCUGCGUUCGCCCGAUCGGGAGCAUCACCUGUGCCAAACCUGCCCGCCUGUCCCCCGUCAUGCCCAGGGGAACGGGGCUGGCUUUGCUCUGCUGUCCCCUGGGAGACGUGUGCUGAGCUGCGGGGGUGCUGGCGGGGGGCUCUGGUCCAGCCCCAGAGCCCCUUCGCCUCCCUUCGCUUCUCACUGGGGUGGGUGAGAGCCUCAGGUGUGUCCCAGAGACCAUCUGCUUCCCCUCGCCAACACGUGGGGAGCGACUGCUCCCAGUGCCACUGGUGGUUAAUUAAUCAUGGAGGGAUGCGGAGGGACCAAGAAAGACCCCAGUGAACCCCCUGCCUGUGCCCUGCUGUUGCCACCACUCAUGCCUCGUGUUUUAGCUAGAACCGUGCAAUGUGCUCAGUCUGUGCAAUAACUUAUUUAAUUGCAGCUUUAAUGUCACCACCGUGUCACUGGUGUUUGUGGCUGGCUGUAUGUGUUGCCACCGGCGCACCCCAUCUCCCCAGGGCUGUGGGACCCUCGACCCUCAGCCUGCUUGUUCAGGGAGGGGGUCAGGUGGGCGCCGCUCCCCGUCUGCCCCACAGCUGCC